UAUAGGGCCUGCGUCAAAGCCCUUUACUUUAGCCCCGUCAAACUAUUUACUAAUGACCGUGUGGCUAAACCUAAAAAAUUGUCAAAAAAGAAAUCUUACAACUAACAGAAAAAGAUAUGCUCGUGAUACUAUUCAAUCGGUUUAGUUACAUGUAUUCGUGACAAAUUAAUGGAAUGAAUAAUGAUGAUUGCUGUGUAAAAUAAUAGCAGGAUUUUUUUUUAUUAUUGUCCUAUAUUAUUGUUUGGCAUUAUUCAAUGAAUGAAUAUUCUUUCCUAAAAUGUCUUUAUACGACGAUCUGGAUACAAUAAAAGCUCGCACAACAGAAAAAGUAGCAGGAUGGUCUUCAGGUAUUAAACUUCUACAGUCACAGUUACAACUCAAGAAAGCUGCUGUAACUCAACCUAAAAGGGAGGCAUUACGAAGAUCCAAUCAGGUGUUGACCCCUGUAAUAGAUUUAAAAAGUAAGCCAAAAGAUGAAGAGGAUACCAACUCUGACAGCCCGAAAAUACAAACAAAAGCUUUGUCUGCAUCCUUAAAUGUCCGUGACUUUGAUUGGAAUGUUGCUAACGAGUAUGAUCCGAUGUGGCCUAAUGAUUAUGAGAAAGUUGCCAAAGAAAUGCAAGCCAAAAGGCUAAACCUUGAUGGCAAUGAUAGGGCUGACAGAGCAGAGAGAAAGCGCAAAUCAAGAUUUGGUGAUGAAGAAGAUUUAACUCCAGAGAAAACUCUUGUACCAAUGCAACCAGAGGAAGAAGAGGCAGAGGAGAUAUCAAAACGUGCAACUGGAGUUGCUAUAGCACCUCCUGCAUCGCUCACGAUGGAAUCACUGUCGCCCCCUCUACCAGUAGUCCCUGCGCCAAGCCCUAAUACAGGUUUCUCAAUUGGUGGAUAUGGUGCAAGUUCUAUAGCAGCAAAGAUUAUGGCAAAAUAUGGCUUUAAAGAAGGUCAGGGUUUGGGUAAAAAGGAGCAAGGAAUGUCGGUAGCAUUGCAGGUAGAGAAAACUUCUAAGCGUGGUGGCCGAAUCAUUCAUGAAAAAGAUAGUACUGUUAUGCCACCUCCUGGAUUUGCUAUCCCGAUUCUACCUGGAUCAGACUCUCCAAACUCAUCUGAUUCGCCACAAGCUUCUAAGCAAGAACCUUCAAUUACGGAAAUAAUGAAAUCACCCAGUAAAGUAGUUUUAUUAAGGAAUAUGGUGGGUCCUGGUGAUGUUGAUGAAGAACUUGAACCUGAAGUGAAAGAUGAAUGCAACACAAAAUAUGGCGAUGUCAUAAAGGUGUUGAUAUUUGAAUUACCAAAUGUACCUCAUGAUGAAGCUGUUAGAAUUUUUGUUGAGUUCAAACGAAUUGAAAGUGCUAUUAAAGCAGUAGUAGAUUUAAAUGGUAGAUUUUUCGGUGGUAGACAAGUCAAAGCAGGCUUUUACGAUGUAGAAAAGUUUAACUCUCUACAAUUGGUUGAAUAAAUGAAGGUGUCUUUCUAAA